GUGUAGCUGCUGGCUCUAAGGCGUGACAGUUUAGUAGGUUUCUUCCCCUGAACGCGCCAACCUUUCCCAAGGUCACAACUCGCCAGCAACUCAGAUCUUUGCUAAAGCAACAUCCCACUCAUUUGCCAUCUACCAUCCAACUCAACAUGGCAACUCGAUGGGGACUCUGUGGAGCGGGAAAGAUCAGCCAUGACUUCAGCGUGGCCAUGAAGACGCUUCCUCCUGGAGAUCACCAGAUAGUAGUCAUUGCAUCAAGGAGCAUGGAGCGUGCCAAAGAUUUUGCCAAGAAACAUGGUAUUCCUAAAGCUUAUGGAAGCUAUGAGGAGCUGGCCAACAGCACAGACAUCGACAUUGUGUACCUGGGUGUGCUGCACACAGAGCAUUGGCGAGUUGGUCUGUUGUUCCUCAAGGCGGGAAAAAAUGUGUUGUGUGAGAAACCCUUCGCUAUGAACUCCACACAAGUGAAAGACCUUAUCGCUGCGGCCAAGAAAAACAAUGUCUUCCUAAUGGAGGCCAUCUGGUCCCGCUGUUUCCCUGUUCACGCUGAGGUGCGCAGGCUGCUGGCGGAGGAGGCAAUAGGGGAGGUGAAGCUGGUAAAGGCGUACUUCGGCUCCCCUCAGCUCCACAUCUCCCGCUCAGUGGAGAAGGAGCUGGGUGGAGGAGCGCUGCUGGAUAUUGGAGUCUACUGCCUGCAGUUUGUGCUGAUGGUGUUCAACGGCGAGAGGCCAGAGUCCAUCCAGGCCACGGGGGUGCUGCUUGACUCAGGAGUGGAUGAGUCAGUGGUUGUGGUGAUGAAAUUCUCCAGGAAGAGGAUGGCCUUCUGUGCGUUUUCAAUUGCUGCUCGACUUCCAAAUGAUGCUGUCAUCAGCGGCACUAAGGGCUCCAUUAAAGUCCUUGGCCCCAUGCACUGCCCGACCACCCUGGUGGUGAACGACAAGGAAACUGAGUACCCCCUGCCUGAGCCGAGUCUCCCUCUAAACUUCACCAACAGCACCGGGCUUCGCUAUGAGGCAGAAGAAGUGAGGCAGUGCCUGCUUAAAGGACUUAAGGAGAGCCCACGGAUGCCUCUGGCGGACUCUGUCUUACUGACAGAGAUCAUGGAUGAAAUCAGGAAGCAGGUGGGAGUUGUCUUCAGUCAGGACAGCCAGUGACAUCACUCCAAAGCAGAGCUCUUUCACCCGACAUCCUCAGAUAGAGCAGAGGGAGCUGCUCGAGGCAGGCUUUGGAUCUUUGGAAUAAGCAGAUCACUCAUGGCACUGUGUGACAAAGCCUGAGCAGAUGCAGUAUCACCGAGGCAACUGUGCCUUGCGUAACGCUUGUCGCUGAAUUUAAGAAUCAGUAAACUAUUGAAACAUGCAAAUUGCACGUGUGUUACUAUUAGUAUUAUUUGCAUCUACACAAACCCAUGAUAGUUCCAAACAUAGCAAGUGUAGCCCAGAUUAAAGGUGUAAACGCCACCGACUAUUUUUGUAUUACACAAUUUGCAUAGUCAGAUUGAUGACAUGUCUUCAACCAGAUAACUCACAAUGAAAACAAACAAGUAACUGCAGCUGUAAUGAAGUCCUAGAUCUUUAAAGACAAACCCAGCUGUCACUGUGAGGUGUGUGAUUGAUGAAUCCAAUAAAGGACUGAUUGUGAAA